UGUCAACAAAGAUGGAUGCGCCAACGCCAAAACGAGCUAAAGUGCAGAAGACUUUGAAAAGCUUUUAUCCCUGCUGUAUUCGCCACAAGCCUGAUAAACAUUUUCAUCUAUGGAUUAUACGACACAGCAACACACAGAGAAUGUAACCAGUGUGAACAAUACUUACAUUACACUGAACACAACGGCUGCUGAAAUCAGGGAGCUGACGUUAGAAGACGUUUUAUACAUGCAUAUAGAGCCUCUAUUUAUCGUCUGCAGAUACGUUCACUUAUUAUGGUAUUUUGUCGGAUUCUUCGGCAACAUCACUUCCGCGGUGAUCUGGAACACCCCGCACAUGUAUAACGUUUGCUCAUCCGCGCACUAUUUGGUCACCAUUUCCAUAUGCGACGUUUUGUGUCAGCUGUUCCACAUCACGUAUUACCUGAAACACUUUUGGAGGAUCGAAAGCCUGGGAGAAGAAAACGUAUGCGACUUUUGGAGCAUUCUUUACAUGAUUCCUCUCUACAUCAGCGAACUACUUUUACUCGGAUUAACAAUCGAAAAACUGAUAUCUAUCCGCAACCCAUUCCGAAGCGGGUGGUUUUCCCGCCAUCAGCGCGCGCCAAAAGAGAUAGUUUGGAUUGUAACGUGCGUGACGGUGCUGUCGUUGUUACAGGCUUACAUAUGGCAGGUGGACAGUAGGGACUAUUGCGACGAUAUUCGAGAAAACCGCAUGGAAUUCCGCAUCUGGAAUUGGUUAUGCGACGUCUUUAUUUACAUAAUAACACCCGUGACGGUUGUGGUAAUUGUUUUUAAAAUUCUACGCGAAGCUAAGCAUUCCAUAAUCGGCGUGAGUCACCGUCAUCAAGGUCGUGUUAACGUCACUCGCACGUUACGUCAGUCGACUAUUGUAAUUAUACGUUUAUCGUUGUUUAGAGUUUGCGUUACGAUCCCUGCGACUUGUGUGCAUUUUCUACUGCACGUUAAGUAUUUUAGCCCGUCAAGUUUGCCACAUGUAUUCUCAUCCAGUGACGUCAACGACAGUGAAACAUGGCAACGGUUUAUAAAGCUUUAUACGGCGAAGUACACUUUAGAACUAUUGUCCAGUGCAAAAUAUGCAUUGGGAGUAUUUGUCUUUGCAUUAUCAUGUCGCCAUUUUAAAAGAGACUUUAAAGCUAGGGUUCAAAAUUUAGCACGCACCACGUACAUAAGUUUAUGUAAGAUAAUGACGUAUAUUCGAGAAAAAAUAAAUUCCUACAGGGAAGACGAAUUCAAUGCGCCCAAUUGAUAUUGAUGUCUGCUUUUAAUAAAUUUCAAAAUCAAGUUUAUAGUUUUGCUUAAAUAGAAGUAGUAGUAAUUAUAACGCACAUAGUCGUUACAAUAACGUUUAUAUGUGUUGUGGUGCCUUUACCUUUUGUUGAUGUUGCUGAUUUGAUUGUAAAAAGCAUAAUGAUUGAAAACUAUGGCAAGAGGGUCAACGCAAAUGAUGCAUCUGUCGGGUUUAGCGACAGUUGGAAUUGGAAAAGACGUAUUUUUGUUGCCCUUUUUUAAGAAGCGGUACUUCUUGUCCAAAUUAUAUCUUCUUCGUUUAAUAUCAUAAAUGUUAACAUAAGU